AUGGAACCAAACAAUCAAAAUCAAGCACUUCUUCCACAUCAAGAAAAUUACCAAGUCGGAACUUAUCCUCCCAACCCUGAUCAGAUGAACUAUCAAAGCCAAAACCCUGCUCAAAUGCAGAACCCUAGCUACCCUUAUCAGCCAGCCCCUGUGAUUGGAUAUGGAAAUCCGGCACAAGGCGGCAUGGGACCUCCUCCACAAAACUACUAUCAGCCUGGGAUGGGUCAGCAAGCCGGAUAUCCUCACUCUCCCCCUCCGUAAGCGAACAAAAACUAUUGGAAAAGUCCCUAUUUUUUGCCCAAAAACCCACAAUAAGAAUUUUUUUAAUAGAAAAAUUUUUUAUGAAAAAAAAAAAAUUUGAUAUAUAAGUGAUAAUUAGUAUAAUUAAAUCUAUAGCUAAUUCUGUUUAAUUUUAAACAAAUUCGUUUAAAACAUAAAUUUUACCAAUUAAAUUAAUAUUUGCUUUCCAAUUUUUGUGAAUUAGGAUUUUUUAAAAUUUCAUAAAAAAAUUUUUUCUAUAAAAUUUAUAUUUUUAAAAAAAAAAUUAAUCCCCUCCUUGAGCGAACAAGAUUAUUUUUGUUCGCUCACGGAGGGGGGGAGUCAGUAUGCUGGCAUGCCCAAUUAUCCCAAUCAGAAUUAUUCUCCUCAAGCAAAUCCAGUCGUAAUAGUUCAAGGAGGAGAUGCAACUGGAGCAGUGCAAGUAGGAGCACCAGGGAGAUGGGGAAAUAGUCCUCAGCAGGCUUUUUGUCCAAGCUGUAAUAGAUAUAUUGUUACUAAUAUCAGAUAUCAGCCUGGAGCAGUGGCCUGAAUUUUUUGCAUCAUUAUAUUCUGCGUGUUCUGGCCGCUCAGCUGUUUGCCUUUUUGUUUCACACCUUGUAUGGACGUCGUCCACAGAUGUCCUCACUGCUUUGUGGUUUUGCAUACUAAGUCUGCUAUGUAG